AUGUCUGAGCCCACAGCGGCCACAACUGCUGCAGAAUCUACUCCCGACGUCUCCGACAUGUCCGUGUCCCUCAACGAGGUGCAAGACGUCUCUCCUGACUCCAAGGUGACGGAGACGCUGGAUAACCAUGGUCCCGCAGCAGCGCUCGAUUCUACUGCAGUAGAGCCGGAGCCUAUUCCAGUUGCGGCCGAAGUGAAUUCCUCUUCUGAGCCUACCCCAGAGCAAGAGAGCCAAGAGUCGCAGAAUGCACUGACGCAGAAAUUCACUGCGGAGGAGUGGGCGGCCGUGAAGGCUCUGCGGGCGAAGCUUCCUGAGGUAUUGAAGGAGGCAUUCCCGAAGAUGGACCAAAACGUGCCCAUCACGCUCUGGGGAGUGUCCAUCACUGCGAACGGACCGCACGACGCUCGUGUCAGCGUUGUGCUCAUAAAAUUCCUCCGUGCGAGGGACCUAAGCGUCACGGACGCGCAGCAGAUGCUCGUGAAGACGCUGCGCUGGCGUGCUGACUUCAAGAUCGAUGACGUCGUGAAAGAGCAAUACGACGAGAAAAUAUUCGGUCCAGUUGGCCGUGUGUUCGGGAAGGACAAGGAGGAGCGGCCUGUGACGUAUAACCUGUACGGCACAAGCAAGGAAGCAUUUUCAGACGUAGACCGCUUCAUCAGAUGGCGUAUCGCUUUUAUGGAGAAGAGCAUCAAUUUGCUUGACUUUGAGAACAUAGACCAGAUGGUGCAAGUACACGACUACGAAGGCGUGAGCCUGCGCCGGACGCCAAGCGAGAAGGCCGCCGCUGCACAAGCCACGGCGAUCUUCCAAGACUACUACCCAGAGUUCCUAUCACGCAAGUUCUUCGUGAAUAUCCCCGCGUUGCUCACGUGGAUCUUUUGGCUCUUCAAACCUCUCAUCUCCGCCGCAACUCUUGCCAAAUUCACGCCCGUGGGCACCGGGGCGCAGACCAUUGGAGCGGCCCUACUUCCCUACAUCGACGCGACGGAACUCCCGAAGCGGUAUGGCGGCGAGGCGAGCGACUUCGCAUGA